UUUUUAUGACAUUUAACAAUAAUUAAUUAAUUACAAAAUAUGUUGAAAAAGUGUAAUUACGUGGUGGAUUACUUUCAUAAUAUGUUAGGUGUUAAAAAUAUUUAGUAAUUAUAGAAAUUGUAUCUUAGGUUAUAAUUGUAUCGGAAUUCACAUCAAAAUGGGCAAAAACAAAAUGAUAGCGAAGAGUUGUCCGAAAUGCGAAUUACAGGUAGCUGUGGCAUCAAAAUCAUGUAAAUGCGGCCACACAUUCUUCGCAGCGAGACGUGCAGCAGACACGCUACCAGCUGUCGAAGAUAUCAAACGUCGAACCGGCAGAGUGAGACGAUCGCAGCCACAGUUUUAUGAUGCACAACACUACCAGAAACAGAAGAGAAAGUCACCGAAAAAGAGGAUUAUAUCAAAAACAUACAGCGAUGAGGAAUACAAGGGGAAGGGGAAAAUUGAAAGUGGUAUGUUUAUUUCUACAGCGAGGGCCAGACGCCGUCGCGCCCUCCGACGAGCACAAAGGGAGCCUCCCCAGGUCGACAGGACGAGGGAUCCGACCCCACAGCUAAGACCAGCUCAAUUAGCCCGAUGUAGAUUAAUAUUAUCCGAGAUUAAUAGAAAAAUGCGCGCCGUUACGUGGCAACCUCCCACUGACGGUUAAAAUAAUUAAGCAUUCAUGUAUAUUUUAAUAAUAAUUAAAUCGAUAUUGUAUAAAUUAAAAUAAAAAGGAUUAAAAUCGAUUAUUUCUAAACAUCGAUUUAAUUUUAAUCGAUAUAGUAAGAUUAAUUAAGAUUUUUAUUGAAAGACUGGCAACCCGUCCCGACUCUGUACGUAUAAGUAAUCAAAAAUCGCUGCCCAUACAGUACAUUGAUAAGACCAUAAAAUUAUAAUAUCCUGGGACACACACACGACCAUCUGAUCCCAAGCUAAGCAGAGCUUGUGCGAUGGAAACCGGACAAUGUAAAUUAAAUAUUAAUAAAUAUACAUAUGCGUUAAUCAUAGAUAACAAGUCCUACAUAUUUUUCUGCAAUGAUUCUCAACAUUUUUUUGUCGCGGCACACUUUUAACCUUUUUAAAAUUUGGCGACACACAAAGAAAAAUGUAAUUUUAAAAAUAAUUUAAUUACCUAUAACGCACUGCGUAAAAUAGUUUAUGUAUAAAUUUAAAUUUGCGAAAUAAAAUAGUAUGUACUACAAAAGUAACAGUAUGUUUGUUAAGGGAUUAAUUACGUGUUAAUAAUAAGUAUACUUUUAAUGAGAAAUUUGAGUUUGAUGUUUUUUUUUAAAUUUCAUUUAUAUUUCGGUCGUAAAAACGCCAAUGCUACUCUCAUAUCGUUUUCUACAUUUAACAAUCUUGAUCAUUUUUUAGUUUUUAGUUGGUUGAUUUUUCUUUUAACAUCAUAUUAUUUAAUAAUAUUAACAUAAUUGUUUAUCUAAAAUUUUUGAAUUUUGCGGUAUACAAAAGUGCCUCGCGGCACAUUAGUUGAGAAUCACUGGUCUAGUGGCUAGAUAUAAGGCCGCAGACCCGGAGGUCCUGAGUUCUAUUCCCGGGCCGGGCCAAUAAAAAAUAUUGGGUUUUUUCUGUCAGAAAAUUCUCAGUAGCAGACUGACACACAGACAGAGCAGACUGCGUAGUCUGGAAGUUGGAAGUGUGUACACUCCCGUGCCUCGGAAAGUACGUAAAGCCGUUGGUCCUGCGCCUGAACUCUUUCCGGUCGAGUCGGAUUGCCGUCCCAUAGGAUUAUGAGAGUUAGGUAAUAGAGAGUGCACCUGUGUUUGCGCACACACUCGUGCACUAUAAUAUCUCCUGCGCAGUUGACUAAUUUCUCUUGAGAUUGGCCGCCGUGGCCGAAAUCGGUCUGGAGGGCAUUAUAUUUGCAAAAUGACUUAUUCGAUUUACAAACUGUCAGUGGUAUCAGUUUAUCAAUCAACAUGAAUUUAAAAUAAUAAACAUAUUUAUCUUUAUUAAUGUACACUAUACCUUCGUAUCAAUAUACAUAUUAUUAAAUAUAAUACUAUAAUCAAAACAAAAUGAAUUCUAAUACAUUUAACGUGAAAAAUAUAAUAACUAUCGACUUAAUACUUUUAUUAAAAUCUGGUUUAUAAAUUAUUAUUACAAAAGUUAUAUCAGUGAUACGCCUGACCGUAUUUCGCGCUGCUUCCCGCCAAAAGUGUAUUACUUUUUUUUAAACCAAUCUGACAGCUGGACGUAUGACGUUCGGAAAGUUUGAUAUAUUCUGCUAAUAAUAAAGACUGUCAGAAUAUUUUGCGCUCAAAUAGCGGAGAUACACGCCAGAAAAGGGAAAAAAAAUAUUAUGAUAAUACAUAAUAUAGCAUAGCUGUAUAUCAUAUGGAAAAUGUAAAUCUAGAUUUUGUUUACAGUUGUCGUUGAAUAUAUAUCAUCCAUUUGUAUUAAUUUAAGUAAUUUAAGAGAUUUACAUAAAAUAAGUGAAUAAAACAAUGUAUCGAAAUAAAAAGUGUAGAUAGAUUACGAAUUUAUUAUAUGUAAUUAUUAUUAUAAUUAUUUUUUUUUAAUUUAGGAUCUAUUUUUAUAUGGUUAAUUUUUAUGUGUAGAAAUUAUUUUUUUAUAU